AUGAGUCAAGAGGCUACACUCGGGAUCCGGAAGUCGCAUGAGAAAGCCGUGGCGACCGUAGCCCUUUGUGGUUGCCGCUCUCCUCCGGAUGCGCAAGCGCGGCCAGAAAGGGUAGGGCAGGCCGGGCGCUCGGGGCUUCUGGCGGCGGCGGCGGCGAAGGAGAAGAAAGCUGGCAUCGUUCGAGCGCGCUUCAUGGCUGCUCAGCCCUCGCCGUCCGUGCCGCUCACUCGGCGGCCUCUGUUGCUCGGCCAAGUGGAGGGCUCGCAAGACGCGGUGACCAUGGCGGCCAUCGUGCCCAAGGAAGAGGGGCUCAUCAGCGUCUCGGAGGACAGAACGGUUCGGGUCUGGAUGAAGAGAGACAAUGGUCAAUACUGGCCAAGUAUCUACCAUGCAAUGUCAUCUCCAUGUUCAUGCAUGUGUGUUAACCCGGAAACAAGAAGAUUAUCUGUUGGUCUUGAUAAUGGUACAAUCUCAGAAUUUAUUUUAUCAGAAGAUUACAACAAGAUGACAGCAGUUAAAAGUUACCAGGCUCAUCAGAACAGAGUGAUGAUGGUCCUUUUUGUUCUGGAAAUGGAGUGGCUCCUGAGUAUCGGGCAGGAUAAAUACUUUACUUGGCACUGCUCUGAAAGUGGCCAGCGGCUUGGCAAUUACCGAAUUAGUGCGGGCGCUUGCGGGUUACAAUUUGAUGUGGAGACCCGGAAUGUUUUUAUUGGUGAUCAUUCUGGGCAAGUGACCAUCCUUAAACUAGAACAAGAAAAUAGCAGUCUCAUAACAACUUUCAGAGGACAUACAGGUGGCAUUAGUGCCCUCUGUUGGGACCCAGUGCAGCGGGUCUUAUUUUCAGGCAGUUCUGAUCAUUCCAUUAUUAUGUGGGACAUUGGAGGAAGAAAAGGAACAGCUAUUGAACUCCAAGGACACAGUGAUAAAGUUCAGUCCCUCUCUUACUCCCAUCAUACUCGACAACUCAUCUCUUGUGGGGCAGAUGGCAGGAUCGUUGUCUGGAAUAUGGAUGUUGAGAGGCAAGAGACACCAGAGUGGUUGGAUAGCGACUCUUGCCAGAAAUGUGACCAGCCGUUCUUCUGGAACUUCAAACAAAUGUGGGAUAGCAAGAAAAUAGGCCUUAGACAGCAUCAUUGCCGGAAGUGUGGAAAAGCAGUGUGUGGUAAAUGCAGUUCAAAGCGUUCUUCCAUACCUCUGAUGGGCUUUGAAUUUGAAGUGAGAAUCUGUGAUGCUUGUUAUGAAUCAAUAACCGAUGAGGAACGUGCUCCCACAGCCACUUUCCAUGAUAGCAAACACAACGUUGUCCACGUUCAUUUUGAUGCAACACGGGGUUGGUUGCUAACAUCCGGAACAGAUAAAGUUAUGAAGUUGUGGGAUAUGACACCAGUAGUAUCCUGAUGCAGUGCUGAAGUGGGAAGCAACACAGUAUUAAUGAAGAAGAGAUUCUUAAUUCUGUAACAGAAAAUGAAACGAGCUAUGUACUGACUGAUAAACGAGAGAACUAAUCUUUCUGGAUGCUUUUUUUCCCCAAGUAAUCUAUCAAAUCCAGGGUGAAGACUUUGCACCAAAUGAUCUACUUCACAAAAUGCAGAUUUUUUUUUUUUAA